AUGAAAAAAUGGUGGAACUGGAUUUUGACUUUUGCUUUAUUGUGUUUAUUGUUCGUGGCUAUACCGCUUUCCUACUCAGGAGGUAGGAGUAAAGAAGAAUUACGUCCAAUGUUUGAAGAAUAUGUAAAAAAAUACAAUAAAAGCUAUUUUAAUAACUCGGCGGAAUACGAAACCAGAUUCGAACAUUUUGUGGCUUCAGUUCAGGAAAUAGAUGAACUUAAUUCAAGAUCCAGAGGGCCAGAGCAGUACCGUGCAAAGUAUGGCCUAACUCAUCUCUCAGAUAUGUCUAAAAUAGAGUUUCAAGAGCUCCAUCUUGCAGAUGAACAACCUCAUAGGAGAAAAGAUUCUCAUAGAUCUAGAAAGCCAUUGUUAACUAUGUCAAAUCUGGACGAUAAAGAUAAAUAUGAAACAGAAAAAGAUAAAAGUGCUCCCAUAUCAUCACAUGAUAAUAUCUAUAUUAUUAUAAGAAAGGAGAGGGCAGCUGCCUCGCUUCCUCUUCAGAUUGAUUGGCGGUCAAAGGGUGUCAUUGGCGCCGUGAAGGACCAGGGGCUGUGUGGUGCAUGCUGGGCCUUUAGUACCAUCGGUGCUAUGGAAGCAAUGGCUGCUAUUUCAACGGGAAAGUUUCAACCUCUUAGCGUGCAGGAAGUGAUAGACUGCGCCGGGCUUGGCAAUAGUGGGUGCGCUGGUGGUGACAUCUGUCUUCUACUGGAUUGGCUCACUAUGACCAAGGCUGUCGUGGAGACAGAUAAAGAAUACCCUCUAAAACUCACGAACGGAGCCUGCGUGUUGAACAAGAAUGCGACCGGUGUUCGUGUGAAGUCAUUCACUUGUGAUGAUUUUACAAGUGCAGAAGACAAGAUUCUAGCGUUGAUUGCGACGCAUGGGCCGGUAGCUGUGGCAGUUAAUGCUUUAACCUGGCAGAACUACCUCGGUGGAGUGAUACAAUAUAAUUGCAGCGGGAGCCCGAAAGAUCUGAACCACGCAGUGGAGUUAGUUGGUUAUGACUUGACAGCUGAUGUACCGUACUACAUCGCGAAGAACUCGUGGGGUCCAAGUUUUGGGCUAGGUGGCUACAUACACUUGGCCAUUGGGGCUAAUAUCUGUGGAUUAGCCAAUGAGGUAGCGUCUGUCGAUGUAACGGUGUAA